CGGUCUGCAGGCGUGGCCUGUCCUUACAGUUCCUGUCUGCAGUCUCUGCUCAUCCCCUGUACCGUGUCCGCAGUCUCUGCUCAUCCCCUGUACCGUGUCCGCAGUCUCUGCUCAUCCCCUGUACCGUGUCCGCAGUCUCUGCUCAUCCCCUGUACCGUGUCCGCAGUCUCUGGUCCUCUCCUGUACCGUGUCCGCAGUCUCUGGUCCUCUCCUGUACCGUGUCCGCAGUCUCUGGUCCUCUCCUGUACCGUGUCCGCAGUCUCUGGUCCUCUCCUGUACCGUGUCCGCAGUCUCUGGUCCUCUCCUGUACCGUGUCCGCAGUCUCUGGUCCUCUCCUGUACCGUGUCCGCAGUCUCUGGUCAUCCCCUGUACCGUGUCCGCAGUCUCUGGUCAUCCCCUGUACCGUGUCCGCAGUCUCUGGUCAUCCCCUGUACUGUGUCCGCAGUCUCUGGUCAUCCCCUGUACUGUGUCCGCAGUCUCUGGUCAUCUCCUGUACUGUGUCUGCAGUCUCUGGUCAUCUCCUGUACUAUGUCCGCAGUCUCGUCAUCUCCUGUACUACUGUACUAUGUCUGCAGUUUCUGGUCAUUUCCUGUACUAUGUCUGCAGCCCAUUUGUUCA